AUGGUAGACUCCGAUUGCCAGUUUAGAAGUCUGCGAGCUGGUAACUCCCCAUUCGAGACUCACUGUAGGCGACUGAGCGGACGAUUCUACGCUUCGGUCUCCGCAGCGGAGCUCCGCUUCGGACAACCACUUCAUGAAACACAUCCGCAUAUCCUAAAGGCUGGGGAAUUGACGCCAGGUAUCACUGCUCUUGAAUAUGCCCACCGCCGGUCCACGCUUGCAUCUAAGCUACCCAAGCACGCGAUUGCUGUCGUUGCCGCUUCGGACAUAAAAUAUAGAUCGGGAAGCGUUUUCUACGAAUACCACCAAGAUCCCGAUUUCUUCUAUCUUACGGGUUUUAACGAGCCCGGUGCGAUAGCUAUUAUUGGAAAUGAUGGUUCUGAGAAUGAUCACAUUUUUCACCUCUAUGUUCGAGAGAAGGAUCCAAAAAUGGAGAUAUGGGAGGGGCCGCGGUCAGGAGUCCAGGCUGCGAUUGACGUCUUUAAUGCGGAUAUAAGCGGCAGUAUAGACAAUAUCAGCAGCUCUCCUCCUUCGAUCCUUUCGGAUGCUUCCAGAAUUUAUACCGACCUCAAGCUUCUGGACCCAUCACGACCUUCAUUAUCCGGUUUCUUUUCCUCGCUCCAAGCAAAAAACGUGUCUUCACACAAACUGUGGGCAUUGCGCCCAGUUCUCAACGAAUUGCGUAUCUUCAAAAGUGAGGGAGAGAUACGAAAUAUGCGGAUGGUGGGACAAGCCUCGGGUCGGGCUUUUACAGAGGCCAUGAGAAGACAAUUUACAAAGGAGAAGGAUAUCCAUGCAUUUUUGGAAUACCAAUUCAAGGCGAAUGGCUGUGAUGGCCUAGCUUUUAUUCCUGUGAUUGCUGGUGGCCAGAAUGCGUUAAGCAUCCACUACGUUAGAAACGAUGAUGUGCUAAGAAACGGAAACAUGGUCCUUGUUGAUGGUGGUGGGGAAUAUGGAGGCUACAUAGCGGACAUCACGCGCACCUGGCCCGUUAACGGCAAAUUUUCUGAGCCACAAAAGGAUUUGUAUAAUGCCAUUCUAAGCGUACAGCGUACUUGCAUAUCGUUAUGCCGCGAAUCUGCUGGCCUUUCCCUUGACAUGCUGCACCGCAUUGCCGAAAAUGGGCUGCGAGAACAACUCAAGGCACUUGGGUUUGACGUGUCUGGAGACGCUAUGGCAACUUUGUUCCCUCACCAUUUGGGGCAUUAUAUUGGUUUGGAUGUGCAUGACUGCGUGGGAUAUCCAAGAACUUACGAACUCGCGGAGAGGCAAUGUAUAACAAUUGAGCCUGGUAUUUACGUCCCAGAUGACGAACGGUGGCCGAAGCAAUUCCGAGGAAUCGGAAUUCGAAUUGAGGAUAGUGUUUGUGUAGGUGAAGAUAAUCCCCUUAUACUGACGACGGAAGCAGUGAAAGAGAAGCUCUGCGAUAGGCACGAAUUCUCAUAUGAGAUUUAA